AUGUCCCCCACUCAACUGCCGUCUACGACGUCCUGGCGCACGCUCAAAGUGCGCUUUAUCACUGACGACAAAGACGUCGAGAAGCUGGUCCUGUCCCAACUAGACGUCGUACUGGACAAACCCACCAUACUGCCCGAGCACGUUUAUCUGACGUCGCCGGUCCGGAUCCAUCGCGUCUCCGAUGUGAUGAAGGCCGAUUUGGACCUCGUGUACAACGCACAGACCAAAAAGCUGAAUGUGUUCCCCUGUGGUGCAUAUCUCGGCUUUGCCUUGUACAUGCCUCGCCUCCCGAUCUCCUUUGACCAUCAUGCCCUGCGUCAACAAUACGGAGGCGGCGCGAGCGCUCUCCCACCAUUGGCGGCAUACAUCAUGGAUGCGGCUCGCGCUUGCGCAAUCAUCAAGCAUAGCAACGAGCGCUCGGGCCCACGCGACAUACGUAGCGACGUUACAGUUUGGAUGAGUGUCGUAGCGAGCGGGCCAGAGAACCCUGAACAGCUACCGGUAUCGCCAAGGCGCGACAUGAUACCUGGCGGUACCGUACAAGAAAAGCACCGAAGCCGUGGCCAGAACAUUGGAUGGGGCGUCAACCCGAAGGAUGGGUACGCAGUCACGGUCAUGUCCCAUGCAAAGUUGCACGGUGGUCUGCAUGUUGCCUUGGUCAGGAUUGACAGCGCUACUCUCAAGCCCGAGCUCAUCCUGAACGCCCGGGUCGAAGCGUGCGGCGAGCAAUUGUUGUCUGCGAGUGAUGCCCAGGGCAAUGUUCAAGGCAUCCUUCGCUUCGCAUACCACGACGAACUUCCCUUCAACGUCGAUCUGGUAUAUGUUGUCCUCUCGACGGAGCGCAUCGACACCAUCAGCGAGAUGUUGUUGGAGGAGAAGGCUUGGGAUGCGCUCUAUAUCAGGGUUGCUUGCUGCCCGAGAACGGGGCCCAAGAAGUUGGAUCCGGCAACCGUUCUUGAGAAUACUAAGAAGCUGUACCUGUAA